AUGGUCCCAUAUCGUCAGAAAACUGGGCACGGUUCCAUUAUUAUGCGCGUAAUUCGUACCGCUGUCGUCAGGUCCAUAGACGCAAGGAUUUGGACACCAAGUCUCCUCACCUUGCACAAGAAUCAAGGAAAACGCCCUCUGCUGCCUUCUCUUCAAGACCUUGUCUGGGAUCAAAAGCUCAAUCUAAAACCCUCCUUCUCUGUCCUCCUUCUCUUCAUACCCUCAACGCUUCGUACUCUCCGACUGUGGCUCAUUGGUGGGUAUAGGUUUUCGCAUGAAUACAUACGUAGGAUAGAGUCUACUUUAGCGGGGUUGUUGCAGAGCCUCCAAUCUCAAGCGCCAUCUUUGGUGGCAUACACUUUGCGACCGUUCAAGACAUUCCAAACAUGGCCUCCACAGGCUUCUGUAUCGUUCGUGGCCCACCACAACUUAUGCCGCAUACACCUCGCGCACUCCGUCUCGAUUAGAUCACUCAUCCUACGCGCGCUCAGCACGCUUGAACAUCUAGUUGUUCUCAGAGUCAUGCACCUCACUGUGGAAGGCGAUGAGCAGCUAUCCCCUUUCUCUUAUCCCUUCUUGUCUGAAUUUUCCACGUCUGGAGAUAUCAAAGCACUCACGACGUUCUUCACACAUGUUUCUUUCCCUAAGAUCGAACGUCUCUCUCUGUGGGAGGCUGUCGCAACACGGGCUGUCCUACGAGCCGAAAUGCAUCACGAAUGGCUUUCGAUACUGCAAAACGCAUGCUCGGAUAGUAUCCAAAUGUUACACAUCCACGUCCGAACACAUCCCAGCCUUGGAAAUAUUGACCGAGUGCCAGUACGGUGUGAUCUUCUCGCCAUUAUUCGCCCUCUCUUUGCUAUGUAUGGCCUACGCGAUUUGCGUUUCACAAUUUCGCACCCAAAGGCACUGUUCUCCGUUACCGACCGCGAUAUUCGAGACAUGGCAAGCGCGUGGCCGGGGAUGACGACUCUUACUCUUGAUUACAACAGUGGACCCACGCUACCCACCAUCUCUUCCCUGCAAUAUUUCGCCCAACUUUGUCCCGAUCUCGAAUCGCUGCACAUGAGCGCAUUUAGAAUGGAGCUUUCAUCGCCCCUCCUCGCGGAUGGGACGACCAUGAACUCGAAUAAGCUGCAGAAUAUCAGCUUCAGGCGACUGACAGGCAAGAACCGAAGAAUUACAGACCAAACUGAGAUGGCGCUGUUUCUCUUCAGAACAUUUCCUCUUCUAGAUAGCGAUAGAUUGGAGAAAUGUGCUUUCCAAAAUCGCCAAAUAUCAGUCCAAGAGGAGGGCGUUGCCAUGAUGAAGUGA